AAGCAAUAACAGACGGUUACCAUACGUCCGUUCGCAUGAGCUACUCUGUCACCGUCGGUAACUUUAUCUUACCUCACAUUCCGCCUACACUCGCAGUUUUACCAGUGAAAUCACACUAGCAACCAAAAGGAUGACUUCAACAAUGGAGAAUUUUUGGCAAAAAGCUAAAUCAUUAGCUGAAGAAGCAACAAGGAGAUCUCAAACCCUAACUUCUUCUCCGGUCAGAAUUGCCGACAUCGUAUCUGAAACCGCCAAGCGCUCUAAAGACAUUGCCGCCGAGGCAUCUAAGAAAACCGCCCUCCUCCUCUCACUUGCCGAUCAAAUCCCAUCUCUCUCGAUUACCUCAUCAUCAUCUUCUUCUGACAUUCCGUCGGAGUUGGAGCUUGAAACGUUCGGGAUCACUCAGGAUCUCCGAGACUUCGUCAAAGGACUCACGUUAUCGACAUUCCAGAGUUUCCCCUUUCCAGAUGAUUUGGUGUCUGAUGUUGCUACUGUUUCCAAUGUAAGGCAAGAUCUUUCAGAAUGGCAGCAAAAACAUGCAAAUCUUGUCCUCACAACAGUAAAGGAAGUUUCAAGGUUGAGAUAUGAUUUAUGCCCAAGACACAUGAAAGAUGGAAGAUUUUGGAGGAUAUAUUUUACCCUUGUGAGCACUCAUGUAUCCCCGUAUGAAAGAAAGUUUAUAGAAGAGAACAGAUUAAAAGAAACACCACAAAAAGAAAAAGAUCAAACAGAAGAGGUGGAAGCACAGCUGAAAAGUAAGAGUUCUUCAUCAGAACAGGAUUUGGAUUCAUAUCUUUUGGGAGAUUUUGAUGACAGUGAUGCUGAAAAUAAUGAUGCUUUUGAUGGUGGUGAUGAUGAUGAAGAUGAUGAUUUUGAUAAGAUUGAGAAUUCUGAGAUUGAAGAUGGAAAAUAAGUGAAAGAAGGAUUGAUUUGUAAGAAGAUUGAUGAAACAUGAUUUGUUUAUUUUGUGAUGAUGUUUUUCUUUUAUGCAAUUAUGUAGUAAAUCAUUGUUUAAGUUGGAUUCAGUUCCAUAUAGAAAAUAUAUAGUCCAAUCUUUUUAGUGUUUCCA